CCUCUUUGGGACUGGUCGGACUUUUGUUUUACGAAUCAAAUUUUAGCGUCAUAACCCCGCCAACAAGCUUCCCACUUCCAGGUUGUUUGUUGAAUACUCGAACACUCUGAUCAUCCACAUUUUUGUUACGUCUCUCUCUAUUCAUCCUAUACAUCAGCGAAAAAUAAUGGCAGACGACUCAGCACCUCUUGAGCCUAAGGGUAAAAAAAUUGCCUCUGAAGAUACCCCCGCAGAUACUUCUACCCAAGCACAAGUCGAAUCCGAAAAUGAAGGGGAUAAUGAUGAAACAACCACUGGCGCAACUGGCACGCCAGCUACUGGAAAGAAGAAGAAAUCAAAGAGAAAGAAGAUAAAGGCCGCACUAGGAGUAGGAGAAUCCUCAACUGGAUCAAGCGGAGAUACUACAAGAGAUGACCUUUCAAAAGCUGUUGCGGGUCUCAGUAAAUCUCAAAUUGGAGAACUACUCGCAUUAAAUCCGGCUCUGGCACAACAAAUUGGUGCUGUCGAUGGCGAUCUGUCAGGGAAGCAAGCUGCAGAAGCUGUACGAAAGCUCAGUUUAGAGGAUAUCAUGACCGGUUUAGCCUCGAGCGGGAAGAACGUUAAGGAAAUGGGCGCAUACAAGUUUUGGCAAACACAACCGGUUCCUAAGUUUGGGGAAAGCUCAGAAGUCAUUGAAGAAGGUCCAUUUAAAAUUGUUGAUCCGGAACAAGUACCCAAAGAACCUGGCCCAUUAAUAUCUGGAUUUAAUUGGGUUACAAUGGAUAUGACAAGUGAUGAGGCUUUGCAGGAAGUUUUCGAUUUAUUAUAUGGCCACUACGUUGAAGAUGAUGAAGCUAUGUUCCGAUUUAAUUACUCAAAGUCAUUCCUCAGAUGGUAAGACAUUGAUAUAACAUUGAUAUGAUUUCCACUGACAUUUUAGGGCACUUAUGUCGCCAGGUUGGAGUAGGGAGUGGCACGUUGGUGUUCGAGCUACUGCAUCAGGGAAGUUAGUCGCUUUCAUAUCAGCCAUACCGGUUGCACUUCGAGUACGAAACAAAACCCUCAAAGCCUCCGAAGUCAACUUCCUUUGCAUCCACAAGAAGCUCCGAUCGAAACGAUUAGCGCCCGUUCUCAUUAAAGAGAUUACACGUAGAUGUUACCUACAAGGGACAUGGCAGGCAAUAUAUACUGCUGGUGUGGUCUUACCUAAGCCAGUCAGUACAUGUAGAUAUUAUCAUCGUUCGUUGGACUGGAAAAAGCUACACGAGGUCAAAUUCAGUCCUCUACCACCGGGAAGUACACCAGAGCGACAAGUUCGUAAAUUUGCUCUACCAUCGAAUACAUCCACUAAAGGACUGAGACCUAUGGAAGCCAAAGAUAUUGAUGGGGUCUUAGAUCUCCUAAAGAAGUACCUGGCAAAAUUUGACAUGGCACCAGUUUUCACUAGAGAGGAAGUAGAGCAUUGGCUUCUCAAUAGAAUUGAGAAUCCUGCUGAGCAAGUCAUUUGGUCUUAUGUUGUGGAGGUAAGUACAGUCUUUACAUGUCAUUUCACCACAGACUAACACCCUCAUAGGACUCUGCAACCAAGAAACUCACUGAUUUCUUUUCAUUUUACUGUCUCGAAUCCUCUGUCAUUGGUCACCCCAAGCACACUAAUGUUCGCGCUGCCUAUCUUUUCUAUUACGCCUCAACGAUUGCCCUUGAUCCAGCCAGCUCUAGAACCGAUCUUGGUAAACGCCUCAAUGAACUCACACAUGAUGCUCUUAUCAUUGCAAAGAAAUUCAAAUUCGAUGUCUUUAAUGCGUUGACGCUUAUGGAUAAUACUUUGUUUUUGGAAGAGCAGAAAUUCGGGGCUGGUGAUGGCCAAUUACAUUAUUAUUUGUACAACUAUAAGGCGAAUAACAUCGCCGGUGGUGUGGAUAAAAUGAAUAGGAUUCAUUCUGCCGGAAGUGGGGUGGGUGUCGUUAUGUUAUAAUUCAGCAGAGAUUGAACUGAAUUUGAAGUGGCUCCAACGAAACACCUAGGUAACUUAAGGAAUUGCGGACCUGAGCGGAUAGCUGGACAUGAAAAACCAUCCCGACCCAAGGCUGUCAGGAACACUCGAGGAUUUCGUCAGCUAAACCGAUGGAAAUGAGUAAACGGCGAAAAUGCAUAGAUUCCGUUAGUUAGGUUGAUUUGUUCCGCUGACCAAUACCUACAAACCUAUAUAUCAUAACGAGUUCUGAAUGCGAUCAUCUUCAUCACAUCUGAAUUUCUCCCGAGCCCCGAAUUUAGUCUAUACCUCACUGUCC